AUGUGUGACCAGAAGGCCUACGGAUAUGUGUUUGUCAAGUUGAACACUGCAGGCACUCAGUUCAAUGUUGAGAACACUCUUAAGCCAAAAGAAUCGAUUGAGACCUUCAAGGCAAUGUUGCCAGCCAACGAACCUCGUUUCGUCUUUGUAGGAGCUGACCAGAAACUCUACUUGGCUAUAUGGUUACCAACAGUUGCAGCCCCUGCCUCUUUGAAUAGUUAUUCUGCAAAUGUUGGAGGUAUGAGUGGUGUUCAUUCCCUUGAUGGAACUGUUUCCGCUUCGGAUCUGGAGGAGUUCAAUGAGACAAGUUUCCCAGCUUAA